AUGGUUCCGACACGUGUUUUAAUAAAAUAUGGUCCAUAUAAAUCUUUCACUGGUGUUGGACAUAAGCCUGAUCGUAUAAAGGGUCUUGAAAUUUUUUUAACAAAUCUUGGCUAUUUGGUUAGCACUGAAACUAUUCCAAUUCGUAAUGUUUGUGAAGUUCAUGCUUAUGAUUUAAAAGUAUUUGAAUGUGAUAUUCGUGAUCUUCAAUUUAGUGGUGAUGGUGAUUUAGAUGAUUUAUGUCAUCAAGCUCUUCGGAAAAUAACUGAUGUAACAUCACCAUCAUCAACAUCAUCUUAA